AUGGCUGAGGACGCCAUGGGCUCAACCGCCGGCGCGCGCAACGACCCGCUGGCCGCCUCCACCACCUCUUCCACUCUUGAAGCAGGUGCCCCGGGUGGUCAAACCACCCUGCCUCUCAUUGAGCUGCUUGACAUUGACCCCAACCAUGAGGCCGGGUCCAGUAGCCGUGCAUCAUUUGCGCGCGGCGCCGUGGCUGGCAACGAGCCCCAGCAGCUGACGCUGGCUGACGUGCUCAAGCGCGAAUACCAUUCCGACUCGGAUUCAGAGCCGGAUGACAAGGAGCUCGAGGUGGCCUUGCCCGUGCCCUCAGUGUAUGGUGAUGCGCGCUACACCAUCAACGAGGAGCGCGACAUCAAGAAAGCCGAAGCCGCCUGGCUCCUUGCCCGUCGUGCCGAUGCCACGGCGUCCCCGACGCGUAGUAUUCCUGGUGAGACAGAGCUCACAACGCCAGUCUCCAACUUUGGCGGUGACGGCGGCGACUCUUCCAGCGGCACCUACACCUGUCAUGGCAUUGACUACCGUCGUGUGCUUACCACGCACACCGAAUACCAUGACCUCGAGUCCAGCGACAUUGGCGCAGUCAUUUUCAAGGCUCUCCGCAUGCGUGACAAAUACAUGUUCCGUUCGGAGCAAGAGACCCCCGAGUACCUCCGCCAGCUUUUGCAUCAGGAUCGGGAUCUCUUGAAGACUCACGUUGGUGGCGGUGACGUCAAGUUCUCCAUGCCAGCCAGCGAGCGGGUGGAUGGCGUCUUCAACGUAAUGGCCGAUGUGGACGGCGUGCGUCAUUCCCUCUACAAAUACGUUUCGGCCCGCAUCUACCUGCGCGAUCUUUACCAUCUUUUGGCGGUCGUCAACGACGGCCCCACCAAGUCCUUUGCCUUCCAGCGUCUUUCGUACUUGCAGGAGAAAUUCCGCCUUCAUACGCUCUUGAACGAGACGGAGGAGUCUGCCGAGCAAAAAGCGGUGCCCCACCGUGACUUUUACAACGUGCGCAAGGUGGACACCCACGUUCAUCUCUCCUCCUGCAUGAACCAAAAGCACCUCCUGCGCUUCAUCAAGCACAAGUUGAAAACCUCACCCAACGAGGUUGUCAUCCAUCGUGAUGGCAAGGACCUCACUCUGCAGGAGGUCUUUGAGAGCUUGCGGCUGACGGCCUACGAUCUCUCCAUUGAUACCUUGGACAUGCAUGCUGAUCGCAACACCUUUCAUCGCUUUGACAAGUUCAACCUCAAGUACAACCCCAUUGGCGAGUCGCGCUUGCGUGAGAUUUUCCUCAAGACCAACAACAAGAUUGGCGGAAGCUACUUUGGGGAGCUCGUUCGCCAGGUCAUUGACGACCUCGAGGAUUCCAAGUAUCAAAUGGCCGAAUACCGUGUGUCAAUCUACGGCCGCUCUGCCCACGAGUGGAACAAGCUGGGCGCUUGGUUCUGCAACAGCAACGUGGCAUCGGAUAACGUCCGCUGGCUCAUUCAAGUGCCUCGCCUCUACCACGUGUACAAGUCGGCGGGUCAGAUCAACACCUUUUCCGAGGUUUUGGACAACAUUUUCCGACCCCUCUUUGAGGUCUCCAAGGACCCGAGCUCCAACCCACAGCUGGCCGCUCUCCUGGAGCAUGUGGUUGGCUUUGACAGCGUGGAUGAUGAAUCCAAGCCCGAGCCCAUCCCGCACACUGCCACGAGAGCCACCUGGGCCAGUGUGUGUGUGUGUGUGUGUGUGUGUGUGUGUGUGUGUGUGUGUGUGUGUGUGUGUGUGUGUGUGUGUGUGUGUGUGUGUGUGUGUGUGCAAGCGUCCUUUCUCAAUUGGCGCGUGGACGGCUCCAGGUCUCCACUUCCCGAGCAAUGGAACGACACCAACAACCCCAGCUACUCGUACUGGCUGUACUACAUGUAUGCCAACAUCAGCGUGCUCAACAAGUACCGUCAAGAUCGCGGCCUCAACACCUUCACGCUGCGCCCCCACUGCGGCGAAGCAGGGCCCGUUGAGCAUCUUGCUACCGGUUUCUUGCUGUGCGAGAACAUUUCCCACGGCAUCCGUCUUCGCAAGAUGCCAGCACUGCAAUAUCUCUAUUACCUGGCUCAAAUUGGCCUGUGCAUCUCGCCGCUCAGCAACAACAGCCUCUUCUUGCAAUACCACCGCAACCCCUUCCACGACUUUUUCUGCAUUGGCAUGAACGUGUCCAUCUCCAGCGAUGAUCCGCUGCAAUUCCACUUCACGCGCGAGCCCUUGAUUGAGGAAUAUUCAGUCGCCUCCCAGGUGUUCAAGCUGUCGCCCACCGACAUGGCCGAGCUGUGUGUCAACUCGGUCAAGAUGUCAGGCUUCCCGGCCGCCUUUAAAUCCAAGUGGUUGGGCGGUAGCUGGCGACUGCCUGGUCCCACGGGCAACGACAUUACCCGGACCAACCUGCCCAACGUGCGCUGCGCCUUCCGGUACGAGACGCUGCGUGGCGAGCUCGACACGAUUGUUCAGCUCGCUCGCUCGCAUCAUCGGGUUGUGGUCACAGACCGCAGCGGCGGAUCCGAGUGA